UUAAUAAUUAAUGUGACGAGAAUAUUUGCAAAGGAAAACGAGGCCCAUUCCCCAAGUAUAUAAACCUUCUCCACCACCACCAUUUUUCUCACACAUCCUACUCAACCACACACACAUUUCUCUCUCUAAAUUUCUCAUCUCAUUGGGGGAAAAUGAACAGGCCAGGAGACUGGAACUGCAGGUCAUGCCAGCACCUCAACUUUCAGAGGAGGGACUCCUGCCAGCGCUGCGGCGACCCCCGGCCAGGAGACAGGGCGGACUACGGCAGCUUCGGCGGCAGAGGCUCCGCCGCCGCCGCCGCCUUCGGCUUCACGGGCCCGGACGUCAGGCCCGGCGACUGGUACUGCUCCGUCGCCAAUUGCGGCGCCCACAACUUCGCCAGCCGCUCCAGCUGCUUCAAGUGCGGCGCCGGCAAGGACGACGCCGCUGGCGGCCCCGCCGCCUUCGACACCGAGAUGUCCCGGGCCCGUGCCUUCGGAUUCGGCGGCGGAGGCGGCGGGGCCGGCGCCGGGGGCCGCUCGGGGUGGAAAUCCGGUGACUGGAUUUGCACUAGGUCGGGUUGCAACGAGCACAAUUUCGCGAGUAGGAUGGAGUGCUUCAGGUGCAAUGCACCAAGAGAAACCGGAAGCAAAUCUUCGUUCUAAGAUGCAGCAGAUUCUCCAUUUUUGGGUUCAAGAAUUGAAGUUGAUGGAAGAGAGAAUCAAGAUUUGAACACAAAAGACGAGGAUGAAUGUUUCUUUUUGGGCCUUGUCAGUAGCUACUUUGGAAUUUCGUCAUUUUCUAUUUUUAUCCUUUUCUUUUUUAAUAUUUUAUUUUCCUUUUUUGAACUUUAGGGAGCAUUAGGUCAAUUCAUGGUACGUAGAGCUGAAUCUUUUAUUAGUAGUAAUUGUAGUUUGUUUGAGAUAUUAAUUAUUGCCUUGUAUU